AAAUUAAAUUAAAAUAUCGAGAUAACAAAAUGGGAAAUUCUAAUUCGAAUCAUAUACCGUUGGAACGCAGUGUUAGUCGAUUUGGAGAUGUUACAGUGAGACGGAGUUUAAGAUCCCCGCGUAAAAUGGAUCGAUUACGUCGCUCGUUUAGAGAUUCGUUUCGUCGGCGUAAGGAACAACGAGUACCGGAAAGUUCGAAACCACAUCAAUGGCAGGCGGAUGAGGUAGCUGUUCGUAAUGGAACUUGUACAUUUAGUGUUAAAUAUUUGGGCUGUGUUGAAGUAUUCGAGUCUCGAGGAAUGCAAGUUUGUGAAGAAGCUUUAAAAGUUUUAAGGACAUCCAGGAGACGUCCAGUUCGUGCGUUGCUUCAUGUAAGUGGUGAUGGUUUAAGAGUAGUAGAAGAAGAAACAAAAGGAUUAAUUGUUGAUCAAACUAUCGAAAAAGUAUCAUUUUGUGCUCCAGAUAGAAAUCAUGAACGUGGUUUUAGUUAUAUAUGUCGUGAUGGUACUACUCGUCGAUGGAUGUGCCAUGGAUUUUUAGCUCUUAGAGAAUCUGGUGAGAGAUUAUCUCAUGCUGUGGGUUGUGCUUUCGCUGCUUGUUUAGAACGUAAACAACGGCGUGACAAAGAAUGUGGAGUUACAAUGACUUUUGAUGCGAAAAAUUCAACUUUCACACGUAGUGGCUCUUUCCGACAACCCGGUUUAACUGAAAGAUUAGAACGAGCGGUUGAUGUCAAUGCAAAACCUGCGCCAGUAAAUCCAUUUGCAAUUGAACGUCCUCACGCAACGCCCAGUAUGUUAGAACGCCAAGGAAGUUUUCGUGGUUUUAAUCAAUUAGCUCAAAGUUCACCAUUCAAACGGCAAAUGUCAUUACGAAUUAAUGAUUUGCCAAGUAAUGCAGAGCGGCAACGAAGUUACUUAACAACACCUACAACUGCAGCCAAUAAGCCAGUUUCACCAAUACCUGAAAUAUCACCAGGUGAUUCAGUGACAGCUUUAUGUCAACAAUUAUCACAAGGAUUAAGUCAACUUACACAUAGUGGUUCAGAUGAUUUUAAUUUUAAUAGUCAAUCGUCGAUAAAUCAAAAUAAUAUCGCAACCACAAAGUCAACGGCAUUAACAAAUAAUAUUACUAAUGGUUCACCUUUGACAAUAUCAACCACGUUGCCACAAAGUUCUGGUGGAAUAUUAUCCAAUAAUAUAACUUCCUCAAACACGUUUCAACCAAGUGUAUUAUCAAGUAAUUUAACAGGAUUUAGUCCAAAUCUAACAAAACCAACAUCGCCAGUACCAUCGUUAACAAAACGAUAUUCAAUAUCAUCUACACAGCCAUCUGUAUCUCCAAAUCCCAGUUUAAAUUCAAUAGGAUCCUCAAACACAACACAAUCAAUUUUACCAAAACCUGAUCAAUGGCUAGGACAAAUUGUAAAUUCUGCAAGUCCUAUACAAUUUGAUUCAACACCACGAAGAGCUCCCUCAUUUGGUAUUCAUUCCCGUACAUUAUCGUUAGGUUCAGCUGAAGGAUAUUCUUCGCGUGGUCCACAUCACGUAGAUCCAUUUGACGCUGAAUGGGCUACGAUUGCCACAAAACCUGAGACAGUUGGACAAAAUACGAAUCCAUUCCUUGUUGGGAACUCAACACCUCAACCAUUUCAAGUACAGCUUUAGCUUAAUUAAUAAAAAUUUUUUAAAGAAUAAUAUAAAAAUACGCACUUAAAACUUAAAUAAAAGAGAGG